AUGGAUUUUCCUCGAAAGCGUGCUCUAGUUGCAUGCACCUUCUGCAGGCAUCGAAAACGCAAGUGUGAUGGACAGAGACCGGCAUGUGGGUUCUGCGCUGGAUCCGGGGCCCGAUGUGUAUAUCAGGAGAACUCAAAUGAGAAGUACCACACCAAGCGAUCCUCCUCUGAUUUAGAGUUACUCAUUGUGAGUGUUAGGUCAGAGGCAGAUAUCCCGGCAGAGCUAGUGCUGCGUCUGGACCGCUUGGAAAGUCUUAUACAGCACCAGACGACUGUCAUAUCAGCCUUGUCCAAUCGCCUUCUGUCAAUCGAGGAAAAGGAUAAGAAUUGCCCGUCUCCCUUUAACUCGAGUACUUCUGAAAAUUUGCGCGGUAACAAUGUUUCUCAUACUUCACUGAUCUAUAGCUCCCUCGCGGGUGAUAUGUCAACAUCAAUUGACUCUCGGAUGAGAUACCAAUACAACGAUGAUCCACUUCUUAUCCCUUUGGGUCAUCAAACACCAACAGGAAGCCUUUUGGGUCUUGAAAGAAUUAGAAGUUUGAUCGGCGACUAUUCGCAAGAUUUCUUCUUGUUCCUCGAGUCAGAGCGCAGCCUACAGCCUUUGGUGCCGCGAGUUUCAUACUCGUCCCUCCUUGAGAGACUGAACGCUCGUCCUGAAAGUACAGACUUUCUGGUCUCCAGCUUUCGCACUCAUGUUCACUCGCAGUUUCCAAUUAUCGAGCACGAGCCAUUCCAUGAUAUGUUUGAGACUUUCCUCCGAACAAGUGAGGGCAAAAGUAGUUCCGAUGCGCUUUGUCUCAUUAUCCUAGCUCUGGGAGAGAUCUCCUCAAAUACUACCGAGGUCUAUGAUACGGAAUCACAACCGGAUGGCAAUGGCUCAGAAUACUUCGCUCAUGCACACCGACUCCUGACUACCGAGGGCUUGACACUAUUCUCGCGUGACAUAAGAGUUCCCAUGGCGUAUUUCUUGAGCUCGAUAUACUUUCGUUACAGAGGAAGGCCCCUCGAGGCUUGGAAAAUGAUUCACACAGCAUCCACUGGAGUGCAGUUGAUGUUCUCCUACCUGCAGGACAGAACUAUACCGCAAGAGCAACAUGAUAUGUUGAUUCGAAUAGCUUGGAGCUGUUAUGUCCUAGAAUGUAUUGAAAUGAGCAGCGAUGACCUGGCCGAGUUCCAUUUCCCUCGAAGUGGGAUUGAGAUUCUGGUGGAAGGACUCCCGUUUCCCGAAUUCACCAACCCAACCGACCGUAACGGUCUCAUAUUCCUCGCCAUGUGCUCUAUUCGGAAACUUUUAAACCGCAUUCACAACACCAUGUAUGCAAACAAACCCGAAACGGAUGGACCUCUCUCGUCAAAACCAAACAAUCCACCCUCGGUUGUUUCUCUGGAGGCCCUCAAUAUUGAGCUUAGCCGACAACUAAAAACCUGGUUUGAUUCAUUACCCGAGUCCAUAAAACCCAAUCUCCAGGACCCAAACCUCCGAGAUUUGCAAGACGGCCAGCUUCGCUCGCGAUACUAUGCUGCAAGACACAUUCUCGGCCGACCGUGUCUUGUAUUUGCUGCUCAAUCAAAAGACGUCCAGUUGACGAAGUAUCUCAUGGAUAACUGUGAAAUUUGCGUGGACAGCUGUCGAAAUUUCGUUCUCGGGACAGUUCAUCUCCUACACAGGCGGACUCAUUCCAUUUGGCUUAGACUGCAAGCGCUACUUGCGGCAAUAUUUGUCCUUGCAAUUGCCAAAGGCACCCCCUCACUUACGGCUCUUGUUCCGGAUUUUGAUGAGCUGCUUGGUAAGGCGAUUCAAUCCAUCGAACCAUGGGCUCAAUAUCAUGAAACGGCAGAUGCCAUAUUGAACAUCUUCAAAACUAUUCGGCGGAAGUUAAGAUUCCAUGUUAUGAAUAUAUCAUGA